GCCCAGCGCACAGGUGGCCCUGCCGCGCCAGCUGCGCGCCGCGCUCGCUCCGCUGGUGGGCCGCCAGGCGUCGCGCUGGAGCCGCGGUUGCCGGGGAGACCGAGCGGGGCGAGUGGGCGGCGCGGAGCCGAGCGGGAGCCGGCUGCAGCCAGAGUAUCAGGGCUAGAGUUGGGGGGGAGUGGCUCCCCCGGCUGCGCUAGGGGCCGGCGGGUCCUAGGGCAGCGCGAGGUGGCCGUGGCGCCGCGGGGCGAGUCCGGCGAGCCCGGAACGCGCAGGCUCUCAGCUCGGCCUCCGGAGUCGAGCGGGGGGGGAGUUGCACUCGCCUGGUCUGCGCGCCCCACUGUCCCAGCCCCGCUGGACGGACUGCGGCCGGGCGGUGGCUCUGGGAGGUCCGUACUGCCCCGAGAGCGCCGAGAGCCCGGCCCGCGCCUCCGUUGCCUCGACGAGGAGCCGGGCGGACGGCGGGCGCGCUCCCCGCGGCCCCGGGAUGACUUGUCGGGGCUCUCCUCUGGCGCCUUUGCUGUUCCUCUCUCUGCAUGGUGUUGCAGCUUCCCUGGAAGUCUCAGAGAGCCCUGGGAGUGUCCAAGUGGCCCGGGGUCAGACAGCAGUCCUGCCCUGUACGUUCACUACCAGUGCUGCCCUCAUUAACCUCAAUGUCAUUUGGAUGGUCAUUCCUCUCUCCAAUGCGAACCAACCUGAGCAGGUCAUUCUGUAUCAAGGUGGACAGAUGUUCGACGGUGCCGCCCGGUUCCAUGGUAGGGUAGGAUUUACAGGCACCAUGCCAGCCACCAAUGUCUCUAUCUUCAUUAACAACACUCAACUCUCAGAUACAGGCACCUACCAGUGUUUGGUUAACAAUCUUCCAGAUAGAGGGGGCAGGAACAUUGGGGUCACCGGCCUCACAGUUUUAGUUCCCCCUUCUGCCCCACACUGCCAGAUCCAAGGGUCCCAGGACAUCGGCAGCGACGUCAUCCUGCUCUGUAGCUCAGAGGAAGGCAUUCCUCGACCCACUUACCUUUGGGAAAAGUUAGACAACACCCUCAAACUACCUCCAACAGCCACUCAGGACCAAGUCCAGGGAACAGUCACCAUCCGGAACAUCAGUGCCCUGUCUUCAGGUUUGUACCAGUGCGUGGCUUCUAAUGCCAUUGGGACCAGCACCUGUCUUUUGGAUCUUCAGGUUAUUUCUCCUCAGCCCAGGAGCAUUGGACUAAUUGCUGGAGCCAUUGGCACUGGUGCAGUUAUUAUCAUUUUUUGCAUUGCACUAAUUUUAGGGGCAUUCUUUUACUGGAGAAGCAAAAAUAAAGAGGAGGAGGAAGAAGAAAUUCCUAAUGAAAUAAGAGAGGAUGACCUUCCACCUAAAUGUUCUUCUUCUGCCAAAGCUUUUCACACCGAGAUAUCCUCCUCGGAGAACAACACAUUGACCUCUUCCAAUACCUACAACAGUCGCUACUGGAGCAACAAUCCCAAAGUGCACAGGAACACCGAGUCGUUCAACCACUUCAGUGACUUGCGCCAGUCUUUCUCUUUCCACCCAGGCAAUGCCAGCGUACCAUCCAUCUACGCCAACGGGAGCCAUCUGGGCCCAACCCCACACAAGACCGUGGUGGUGACAGCCAACAGAGGGUCAUCACCACAGGCCAUGUCCAGGAGCAAUGGCUCAGUCAGCAGGAAGCCCCGGCCUCAGCCCCCACACUCCUGCACCAUCAGCCAAGCAACCCUAGAGCGCAUUGGCGCUGUCCCUGUCAUGGUGCCAGCCCAGAGUCGGGCCGGGUCCCUGGUAUAGGACUGCGGAUGCAUUGUGUAAAGAGAAGCAAAGAAGGUACCCGUGCCAGGGGGAGGCUGGGGUGGUGGAGCGCUGGGGGACAUUCUCCUGACGGUGAUAAAAAGCACAAAGGAGGAGGUGGUGCUGUGACCUGGUCACCAAGAUGCGUACGAUGAACUGGAGUGCUCCAGCAUGAAGACUGUUCCUCCACCCAAGCUGUCCCAGGAUUCUAUUCAAAAAGCUGGAUCUCACUGAUGUGCCAAGCCAAGGAAAAAGGUAUACGAGCAGAACAGUAUUUAAAACCCAAACUGCAGUCCCGAUGGGCUUGUUUUUUAAUUCAUGCCUAACAUAAUAAUUUUUCAAGAGACUAAAGUGCCAGAUGGAGUUUAAAUGAUGAAAUUAUUUUAAAAGAUAGGCAUCUUUAGAAAAAACACUGAGCAACCCUGUGGUAUGUUGUGCCUCUCCCACCCCUUCUUUGCGUUGGGGCUGAAUGGCAUAAAUGGUGAACCUUGGUCCUGACAGGACUGGCUCUUGUAUCAUAGAAUCAAAACUUUUUACACCAACAGAAUUCAGUAAGGAAUGGGGGAAAACUAGAAACUGCUUUGAGAAGCCCCUUCAUAUUUAUUUAUUUAUCUCUUCCUGGACCAUGAAUUUCAUAUUUGGAAUAUUGCUGUAUUGACAGAUUAUUGCCUGUCUCUGUUUUUCUAGGGUCUGUUAUAGGUCCAUGAAAAUUACUGUCCAUUAUUUCCUGGGAAAAUAUUUUUAAAAGGAAACCUUUUUUUUCUUUUUUUUUUAAUAUAUGAGAGGCAUUGGGUUAGGAAAGAAAAGACUGUUGUUAAUACCACAUUCAGUGAGUGUGUUCCUUGAGCCUGGCAGGGCAGAAGGCCCAUCACAAAGACCUGGGACCUGCCAGCAGCACAGGAGCAGGAGGUGGGUGGAAGGGAAUUCCUGGCAGCCUCUUAGAGCAGGGCUGUCCAGCCUCCCUUGCUGUCACACCAGGCUACUCUUAAUGAGGGCAGCCCCCCAUGCCUCUUGUACUGCGAUAGGUAACUUUUUCCUUGUUUGACAAGUCAAGUUACUAGGUUGGUACAUGCAGGGAAGAACCUGCUUUGCUUUUUUGGGUUUUUUUUUUUGUUUUUUUCAGAAUAAACAGUUGUGCAAAUGAGAUAAAACUGAGACAAAAGGGAUGUCUUCACAUAAGCUCCCAGGAAGGUCUGCCCUGUAUUUGUCACAGCUCAGGGUUGCAAUUUUGCCCAAAUGCAUUUAACACCACUAUAAAGAGACUCUUGGUGAUUAAUUACCUAGCCUUGGAGUUUACCAGGUGACUUGCAAACUCCCCGCUCUAUUUUGUGCUGCAUAGAUCUGGCCAUGCUUGUGUUGGUGACUCUCUCGCCUUAAUCACACUUUAAGCAACACACAAGUGAUUUCUUCUCAGAUUCGUUUCUCAGAUUAUUUAUAAUACUGACGCCGUGAUUCGAUAAGAGCAUCUUUUCUUUCCCUAGUGUUGUCUCUCACUCCCUCUUCCCUGUAUGUUUUUUGCCCUCUUUCCUGGCAAGCAUAAUAGUCCCAGGGAGUGGCCUCCUGGUUUUCAGACUUACUUGGAUAGUGGAAACCCACAGCUGCUGCAUAUGCUAUGUUUCCAAGAGGGCUAAGCUCAGAACCUAACCAUUGCAACCAUUCCAAUAUUGAUGGAAAGUUGAAUUUACUUUAGCAUUGCUUAUUUUUUUUCUGUUUGAUGGUUCUUGACUUUGUAAAAAUUUAAACAAAUGAAUGUCUAUACUUUUUAUAAAGAAAAGUGAAAAUACCAUGACAGAAAAGAUGAUACUAUCAGAUGUUGUUUAGAAAGCAUUUAUCUUGCAUUUCUUUAUUCUUUCUAAUUAUCUAAAAUUCAAUAAAAGUUUAUUCAUAUAAAAAA